GUGACCAACGAGUUUACUUCGAAUGUUUGUUUUUAAACCAAAGAUGUUAGAAAGAGCGUGUGUGUGCCUGAAGCUUGUUUGUUAUAUAUUUAUUGUGUAGCAGAGGUGUAUGAAGUAGUGAUUGUGAGGAUUGUAGUAAUACAAAGUGGGAUAAUGGAAUGGUCCGAGAAAGAAUUUCAGGACAAAAAGAAACGGAUACUCAACAGUACCGAUUUAAGUCGCAAAGGUAGUGUGGACAGUGACAUUGUUGAACUUGUUGAUUUUAUCAACUCUCACAACCAAUAUGUUACAACAAGUUCGUGUUCAGGCCGCUUGAUCGUGUUUUGUGAGGUGCCGUCAAUGGGAAACAGUAAAGAAGGAUGCAAGUGGUUGUACACAACACAUGAUGACAUCGAUAUGGAGGAUAUGAUGAGUAAGCUUGACCCAACUGUGGGAGAUCUCGUGCUGAAAUUUGAACCUAUGAUUCUUCACGUACAAUGUCAUUCAGUAGAAGACGCAAAACAUUUGCAUACUUGUGCCCUGGAAUCAGGCUUCCGCAACACUGGAGUCACAAUUGGUCACAGAGGAAAAGUCAUGCUGGCAAUACGUAGCUGCUUAAACUUAGAAGUUCCACUUUCUCAUGCUGGGAAGCUAUUAGUCUCUGAAGAGUAUCUAAAAUUCCUUACUAGUAAAGCCAGUGAGAAGAUGAAGGAAAAUAAACGACGAACCAUGAAUUUUUUCUCAAAAAUUAAAAGCAUUAAAGAGAAAGAAAUUGUGAGAACAGAAGUACUGAAUUUCUAACGACAAUUUGCUUCUCUGAAACCCAGCUGGUUACUUCAGCUGCAGACCUUGCCUUGGAAACAGGUAAGGAGGGAAAUGCUGUAAUAUCAAGUUAUCAAGAAAACGUCUCUAUGACAUUACAAGGGCAAGUUUUCACAACAAGGAUUACAUUUUUAGGAUUGAAAUAAUGCAGCACAGCUCAUAUAUGGCCUCAGAUAACGAAGGAAACCCCAUGAAGAAGAAACUGUCCCAUUACUGUAGUGAUGGUUGUCAGAGUAAUUAAAAUAUCUGCCUAUAGUUUCUUAUAUUUGAAAUGUGUAUUUUGUGUAAUAAAACACCAGUUUUUGUUCA